ACCGAAUUCCGUCACCGAUCACGUGUAGAUCGCGUCCCCCUUUGGCAUUUCGUGAAAUACUGCUCACGCGUGCGAUGUUUCGGCGUAGAAGGUGAAUGAUAGAUAAGUCUGCUUUUUUUUUGUGUCUCGCUGCGAUACGAGAUUUUUUUCCCUCGAUGUUUUGUCGAGCGAUAUGUGCCAGUAUACGCAACGAGAAAACAGAUUGAAGACAUACAUGUGGAGAUAAUUCGCGAUCGCUCCGGAAUUCACGCGCCAAGUGACGCGCGAAAGGAUCACUCGCGAUUAAGUGACAAAAGUUCACGUUUUCACGCGUAAAGCACGCGGUUCUUUUUCUCUUCAAGGUCUAUCCGCAAAUGAUUCGCUCUGAACAUAAAACGUGUUGAUUCAUCUUCAAGUGUGGACGACUCGACCUACUUCUGGUUCCGAUCAUAGCUGAGAUAUUGCAAUUCACUAUUUUAUUAUUAAUUUAUAAUUUGGAAAACAUCAAGAAUUAGCGGAUAUCAAGAAUAAGUAUACUUCAAACAUCGAGAUUCGGACUACGAGAUUACGCAUUGAAUGAAAUAAUAAGCUCAUCCUCAACGACAUGCAGAACGCGAUACAGUUAAGCGAAGUCGAAAGUGAGGAGAGCCUCAAGUGCAAUGACACAAUGGAAUUGCCGGAUGACUUGCGAUUCAAUUCUGGUCACCUUGUGACAAUAGUCACUUACAGUAUCUUAAUGGUAAUAUCGGCCGCUGGGAAUAUUACCGUGCUAAUAAUGACUAUAAUAAAGAAGCGAAAAUCCAAGUCUCGUAUACACAUCCUCAUAAUGCACUUGUCAAUCGCUGAUCUUCUUGUGACAUUCUUAAUGAUGCCACUUGAAAUAGGAUGGUCGAUAACAGUAUCGUGGGAAGCCGGAGACGCGAUGUGCCGUAUAAUGGCUUUCUUCAGGAUGUUCGGCCUAUACCUUUCAUCCUUUGUAAUAGUUUGCAUAAGUAUAGACAGGUAUUACGCUGUGAAGCGGCCUCUUCAGAUACUGGACGUUUACAGGAGAGGAAAAAUAAUGCUGAUGCUCGCGUGGGUUGGCUCCGUGUUGUGUUCGUUGCCGCAGAUGUUGGUAUUUCAUGUCGGGACUCAUCCAAAUUAUACUUGUUUUACCGACUGCAUAACUUUCAACUUUUUCCCAUCGCACCUGCACGAAAUUUCCUAUACUUUAUUCGGCAUGUUGAUGAUGUAUUGGUUCCCUCUCUUCGUAAUACUGUACACUUAUAGCAGUAUUUUUAUGGAGAUUUGCCGUCGAUCCCAAGAGAAGAAUGAAGAUAAAAUACGUCGUUCUUCGAGCGGUUUUCUGAGUCGAGCGCGAAUACGCACUUUAAAAAUGACGAUAACCAUUAUCGCCGUAUUUCUUAUCUGUUGGACUCCUUAUUAUGUGAUGAGCGUUUGGUACUGGUUGGAUCAACCAUCAGCCCAGAAAGUCGACAAGCACAUUCAGAGAGUCCUCUUUUUUUUCGCGUGCACCAAUUCCAGCAUGAAUCCCAUCAUCUACGGUAUUUUUAACAUACGUCAAAAAAACAAAGCAAAAACUCAAUCCCAUCCUCUUCUCAGGCCCAUCAACACAACUAUGGAACUUCCAGUAGUCACUUACGCCAAAGAGUCCAUUUUCACUAUUUUCGUAAUUGCCUUGCCGAUUCUCUUUAACCCCUCGACUUCAUAUAACAGACGCUCAUCGCAUGAUCAUGAAUCCGAUUCGUACAACCACAAUCGAGACUCGACUUACGCCGCUGUCUCUGUCGGUCAAGCUUCUCGAUUGACGAUGAACACGACGUUCGCCAGAUCGAAUAGAUGCGUCUAGAAGAAUGAACUGAUGCCUCGGUGUGUAUUUACAUCUUAUGAAAAAAGAAGUAAUCGUGUGAAUUGCCUCGAAUGACUUCGCCGUCCAUACGCAAUGCAAGCCUUACGUAGCGUCGUGUACAAUAAAAAGUCUUAUAUUUAUAUAUUUUCAAAUAUAUAAGAUAUUAAGCUACAAUGAUAAACUGUGAUCGCGAUCGAGUUACUCGAUGGAUCCUUGAUGCAAUGUACAAGAAGACGAAUUUUCCUCGGUGAACUAUUAUACUCGUUCAUCUCUAGAUAUAUUUAUUUUGAUGUUAUUUAAGCUCUAGAUAAGAAUGAUUAAGUGAUUUUUGUACGUAUUAUGAUAUAAGCAGCGUUUCGAGUGUGCAAACAAAUGUGCAACUUCGUUAAAUGUAUGUGUUCCUUUUUUUUAUAAUUUUGCAACGCAAGAUUGUACAAACAAGUGAGCUAUUUAUAGCACCGCUAUAAUUCUGCAUUUAUAAUUCCAUAUUUUUAUAAUGGAGAAAAAAAUAUGAAGAAAAUAUAUAUAUAUAUUCGCGUCUUGUCCGCAUAUUUUCCUCAUCACUUAAGAGCCUUAAUUGGAG